AUGCCGCUCAUCGACGCCGCCGCCCCGCCCGCGCUGGACGAGCAGGGUGCCCAGUACGUCGUCUUCUUCGCUUCGGGCCAGCCCUCGUGGUGCCCGGACUGCCGCGACGCCCUGCCCGCCCUGCAGGCCGUGUUUGGCGGCCAGGACGCCCCAACCGCCCACCUCGUCCGCGCCGGCGAGCGCCCGGAGUGGCGGGACCCGAAAAACAAGUACCGCACACAGCCCUGGGGCAUCACCUGCCUGCCCACCGUCGUGCGGUACGAGAGUGGCAAGGAGGUGGCUCGGCUGGGCGAUGUCGAGAGCCAGCAGGAGUCGGCGCUGAGGAAGCUCAUCAAGUAG